AUAGUUUCUCUUUUUGUUGGACCCAUGUUACAUCCAUGUUGAACAGAAAUGGGAAAUCGACUAUCCACUCCAUCUCACUCCUCACCAGAUCUGUCUUUGCCAGCUCCUGAACCAGCCGUAAUCCUGAUACCUUGGAGGAAAAUUGACUGUGAAGAUAAUAUAUUGCAUGAAGUGAAAGAUUUUAAGCCCAGCACUGAAGUCCUCAGAAUUGUGCUGUAUGGACCAACUGGAGCUGGGAAAUCCUCCUUCAUCAACUCAGUUCAGAGGGUCAUCUUAGGCCGUAAUGCCAUGAGUGCUCUGGAAAACAACACACAUACAGGAACAAGUUUCACAAAAAAGAUGAACAUACACAAGCUGAAGAGUGCUAGAGGCGUGCCUUAUCCUCUGGAGAUUGUUGAUAUCAUGGGGCUUCAGUUAUCAGAAGGAGGAAUAAAACAGGAAGACAUCGUCAAGGCAUUUCAGGGACACAUUUCAGAUGACUACAUCUUUAAUCCUGGGGUAUCAAUAACUAAUGAGGAUCCAAAAUACAAAGAGAAACCAACUCUGCGUGAAAAGGUUCACUGUCUGGUGUGUGUUCUGCCUGCGGACUCAGUGUCAAGAAUGGACACCCGUGAUUUUGAGCAAAUUAAGCAUGUUAGAGACACUGCGAGCCUUCUGGGAAUUCCACAAGUCAUUAUCAUGACCAAGGUGGAUAGAGCCUGUGAGCUGGUUAAAGUGGAUCUAGGGAAGAUGUAUCAGAGCAAGAAGAUCAAAGAAAAGAUGGAUGUGUGCAGUGUCAAUGUGGGCAUCCCAUUAAAUGCCAUCUACCCAGUGAUGAACUACUCUGAAUCCAUCACGCAAGAUUCACUUAUUGACAUGUUCAUCCUCACAGCAUUGAGAGAUAUUUUAAAUUUUGCCAAUGACUAUGUGGAACGUGAGUUGGAAAAAGAUGACUAAGUAUAAAAUGAAAUGUGGUCACAGUCAACCUUUGUCUACUGUAUUACAUUUUUUAAAUAAUUCCUUUUUCAGGUGUAAAAUUUAGGUGUAGGUUUUUAAAAAAUGUUUUAAUUUAGGUUUUAGGAUUUAGAUUUCUUAUACAAUCUGUACAUGGCAACAUGGAAAAUAGUUAUAAUCUUUCAUUAUAGCUCUUCUACCUUGUGAUAUUAUCAAUCUGGUAUAGAA